AUGGUCGGGUACAGCGCCUUGUGCAGCUCUUUGGAGUCGCGCGGCUAUUGGCAGCCGGCACUGCAAACCGCCUGGGGCGUGCGAGCACGUGGUCUCAAAACAGAUGUGGUAUUCUGCAAUGCCAUCAUCAGCUCGAUGGAGAAAGGCUGCCAGUGGCGCUUCUCUGCGGAACUGCUGGGAACGAUGCGGCAGCGGGGGCACGAGCCCAGCCACGUGACGCUGAACGCCGCCAUGAGCUCGCUGGAGAAGGUCACCUUGGUGUUUGGCUGUCACAUCAAGCUGAGGACAGUUUGGCCAAACAAGUUGAAGGGUAUUCGCCAGGAGCUGUUUAGUGGCUCAAUGGAGGCCAAUGGACGCCCGAAAGCCAUGAGCCGAGAGAUCCAGCUGGGCAAGUCUUGGUCGGCAGGGCCAGGCUGUGCCGUGGCAUGGCGUGAGGGCGGCCUGGUGCACGUCUGUCUCCAGGACCGGGGCCAGAAGUUUCGGGUGGAUGUGCCAGGCUUCGACGGGGAGUUCCGCCAGGUGCUGGUGGCGGCCAGGGCCGCGGCCCUCUUCGCGGCGCAGUGCUGCGCCGUGGUAUCCCUGGAUGGGCUGGAGGGCGAGGAUGCGCAGAUUUUGGAGGCGCUGCCUCUGAUGCCCAGAGACGGCCUCAGCUUCGUGCAGGCGGCGUGGCAUCCCAUGAGCGACGCUCACCUGGGCAUGUUGUCCAGCGAUGGGAGCUGGAGCUUGCUGAAUCUCAGCACGAGCGCUUCCAUCCAGGAUCCAGAGCUUCACUUCCCAAAGAUCUUUGAGACAGAAGAGGUGGUGGACUUUGCCUUCGUGCCGCCCGGCGAGGAGCGCUCUCCGGAAGAUGCCUGGCUUUCGCUGUCGGUCUUCUUCCUGGCCGCUUCUGGGCGCGUGGCCUUGCGGAAUCCCGUGCUGCCAGCAGUGGCCGUGAUGAGCCACAAGGCCUUGCGCGCCUUUGCCGCGGACUCCAGCGAAGGCUUUGCGCGCGAGUGGCUGCUGAAGGCCCUGGCACGGCGUGAAGUGAUCGCAAAGCUCGGCGCCGAUGCAGUGGUGAUUCACCACCAGCAGCACCUGCACGGAACGGCGCCGAUGGUUUCCUCACCCGAAAACCAGCUGAUUGAAGACGGCGCAUUGGCGGCGCAGGCGCGGUCUUUUUGCAGCGUGCAAGUGGCUACAUGUUCGGGCUUGGUCUUAGUUGCCCGGGCUGCCUCCUGUGGUCUGGUGGAGAUCCUCGCCCUGGAGCAGUGCCCUGGUCCGGAUUUCCAAGGACGGAAGAUCAGAGCCAAAGUGGUGGAGGAGAUCGACCUCAUGUGUUCAAAGCCCUCUGCCGUACGCUUGUCGGUCAUGCCAGGGAUACCAACACUGUUUUCUCGAUCAAGUUCUCUCCUUGCAGCCAUUGAAUUGCCGAGACUUGGUUCGGGCACCGGGACUUGGUCGAGUGCCGGCGUCAACACCCUUGCCGAGUUGCGGUCUGAAGGUUCUGAAUUUGCUGGUUGGCAGCCAGAAAGCGGCCGCGGCGUGUUGCUGCGAGUCGAGAGAAGAGGCAGAUCCGCCACAUCUUCUUUGCAGCAUGUGGAGCUUCAGGCCAAGCAAGAAGAGUCCUCUACCCCUUCUGCGCCAAAGACAGAUCCGCUGCAGCUCUUGGAGAAGCCUCUGGUGACCCCCAAGGUCGCAGGCAAAGCCGAGAAGGCGGAGGACCUGGCCAAGGGUGUGGCUGACUUGAGGAGCGGCCUGGCCAACCUGGCGGCACGGAAGCAGCUGCUGCAGCACCUGGCGCGGACGCUGCCGGCCCGGGCUGAGGCCAUUCGCUCGGACCUCGACGCCCUGGGCGACGCCUCCAGCGGCGCCUCGGGGGAUGCCUCGGCCUCGGCGUCCCGUGCGGCGGCGCUGCAGGCGCGGCAGGCGGAGCUGGCGGCGCGGCAGCGGCGCCUGGUGGCGGCGCUGCACGCGGAGCUGGAGGCGCAGAGUCUGGAGGCGCAGAGUUUGGAGCUGCCGCCCCUCUGGGCGCGGCUCCACGAGCUGCGCCAGGCCACGGAGCUCCUGGCCGCCGCGCGGCCCGAGGGCCACGAGCACCGGCCUGGGCUCAAGGGCUUCGAGGGCUUCGGGCCCGCCAAGUCCAUCCGGACCACCGCGCAGCAUUUGCAGUCCCAGCUGGCAGACGCGGAGGUGGCAGUGGCGGCCGCCUACACCUGGACUUAG